AUGGGCAAAAAGAGGCAAGUUCGGAAAUUCGGAGAGGUGAAACGGUUGUUGAACCCCAAAGACAACAGAAUCAAAGCCAAUGACAAAGAGCAUGCUAUCGUCGAAGCCAAAAAGGCCGAGGAAAAGAAAAGGCGCAUCGAAGUCGCUGCAUCGUCCAUGUUCUUUCAGCACAACUCUGCUCUGGGACCUCCCUACCGUGUCCUUGUCGAUACCAACUUUAUCAACUUCAGUUUGCAAAACAAGAUCGAACUUGUGCAAGGCAUGAUGGACUGCUUGUACGCCAAAACCAUUCCCUGCAUUACUACGUGCGUCAUUUCCGAGUUGGAAAAGCUUGGACCAAAGUACCGCAUCGCUCUGCGUGUAGCGCGUGAUCCUCGCUUUGAGCGACUGGAAUGCACACACAAAGGCACAUAUGCAGAUGACUGUAUCAUUGAGCGCAUUAAGAGCCACAAAUGUUACAUUGUCGCCACUUGCGAUCGCGAGCUUCGUCGACGUGUGCGCCAGGUGCCCGGUAUCCCUUUGAUGUAUAUUGCACGACGCCAAUACAGGAUCGAGCGUCUCCCUGAUCAGGGCGCUCCAAAUUAA